AUGCGCGCCGAACGCUGCAAGCAUCGAGUCACCUUUGACCAGCUCGAAGAAGACGGUAGCAAGCCAAGCAGUGGCAAAGUGCACUGCAAGUGGAAACCAAUAAACAUGAAGGUCUUUGUUUGUGUGUUAAUCUUGGCUGUGGCCACAGCCCAUGGAGGAUUUAGCGGCUGGUCUAGCGGCGGUGGAGGCGGUGGUUAUGGCGGCGGCGGCGGUGGAUGGAAAUCCAGCGGAGGAGGCGGUGGAUGGUCUUCAGGCGGCGGAGGCGGUUGGAAAUCCAGUGGUGGUGGCGGCGGUUGGUCCGGCGGUGGCGGUGGCGGCGGAUGGAAAUCCGGUGGAGGUGGAGGUGGAUGGUCCGGCGGUGGCGGCGGAGGUCAAACCGUGAAAAUUAUCAAAAUCAUCGUCCCGUCCAGCGGUGGUGGUGGACAUGGAGGCGGUGGAUGGCAAUCAGGCGGAGGCGGCGGCGGAUGGCAGUCUGGAGGCGGUGGAGGUGGAUGGAAAUCCGGCGGAGGUGGCGGAUGGUCUUCCGGCGGCGGUGGUAGUGGAUGGUCAUCGGGUGGCAGUGGAGGCGGAUGGAAAAUCAGCAGCGGCGGCGGUGGCGGAGGAUGGAAAUCCGGCGGAGGUGGAGGAUGGUCUUCGGGCGGCGGUGGCGGUGGAUGGAAAAGCGGCGGAGGUGGCGGUGGCGGUUGGUGGUAAUCAACUGGAAACCCAAAACCCAAAACCGUGAAAGAUGAGUGAUAUUUUUUUUUUAACUUGCAUGGAACCAACACAAAAAAAAAAAGAUUAAAUUAUUGAAAAUGUGUGUAAAUAAUAAUCAUUUGUAAAAUUGUACAAAAAAAUGUAAAAACAUAUUUAAUAAAAACUUUAAUUUUAA